GGUAAAAUAUCUGAAUUUCGUCUGCAGUCUGCACUCAGCGGGAGCAGAAAACAGACAACACAUUAGAAGAAAAUGUCCCUGCGGACUUUGCGUGAAAGGAAUUGUGGGAAAGAAUGUGUUGUUCUUGUUGAGGAUGUGAUGAAGUCACAAUUUAAGAAAAGCAGUAAGAAAAACAAAGCAAAAGUUGCAAAAGAUGUUGGCCCAUUGUGUCCCACCUUUGACAAGGAAGAAUGGGAAAAUGAUUUUGCAGCAUUUCCAGAAGGACUUGGAGGUACUGAUCAUGUUGAUCCACUAGUUAUGCUACAAGAAAGUGAACAGUUUCGGCAUAUUUCAGAAGAAUGUGAAUGUGAAGUAGAACAAGAGUUAACAAAGAAUAUACUUUGUAGACAAGAUGAAAUUAGAAGAAUUUUAGGUCUCAUAGGCCAGUGUAAAAAUCAGUUACCCCAAAGCAUAUUUAUUUAUGGACAUUCUGGAACAGGAAAGUCAUUUGUACUGCAAAACAUACUCGACAAGCUGAAAUAUAGACAUGUUGUCAUUGAUUGUGUCCAAUGUUAUAUGCCAAAAUUACUGUAUAUGAGCAUUCUGAAUACUGUUGCAGAACAUCAUAUGACUGUUGAUAAUAACUAUGAACCAUAUGCAUCUUGUGACAAUAUUUUGGACUUUACUUUAAAUCUCAAGGCAGCAAUGAAGUGCAACAGUUUUAUUAUUGUCCUCGAUAAAUGCGAAAGGUUGCGUGAUAUGUCAAAAACCAUAUUGCCAGCUUUUAAUCGUUUGAAGCAGUUGACUGGCUUGAAUGUGUGUGUUAUUUUUUUGAGCAAUAUUAUUCCUGAAAAAUUCCACUCAGCAAAAGGAUACUUUGAAACAAUUCCAGUACACUUCAAGCAGUAUACUAAAGAUGAAAUCUUCCAAAUUCUGUCUGUAAACCAUCCAUGGACAGAAAAGGAAAGUCUAUACAAGAACUAUUUAAAAUUAUUCUUGGGUGUAUUUUAUGGAUCCUGCAGAGAUUUGUGUGAACUUAAAUAUAUGGUUAAUUCAAAUUUCUUCAAGCAUUCACAGUCAAUGGUCGCAGGCACUUCAGAAAUGCACAAACUGUGGCAGGUAGUCGUGCCUCACCUCAAAAGCAGCCUGGAAUACCUCUAUCAGAGAACUGCUAUGUGGAUGGAAUAUGAAAAUGACUUCUCACUAGCAGGCAAUACAGCUGCCAAUAGAGGACUUGGAUAUCGUGAUCAGAUGUCUUCUCAGGAAUUUGCGCUAAGUUUUGAGCUGCCGUAUUAUACCAAAUACUUCCUCAUUGCUGCUUAUUUGGCAUCAUACAUUCCCUCAAAACUGGAUAAAGCUCUCUUUAUGAAACGGAAAGAUAAGAAGAAGAAAAAGAGAAUCAACAGAUCUAAAAAUGACAUCCUAAGUGAUAUGCUUUUAGGACCAAAACCAUUCACGGUGGAUAGACUGUUGGCUAUAUUUUAUUCUAUUGUUCAAGAUGAGGUCAGCUUCACAGUAAAUCUUUCUGUGCAGAUUUCAUCUUUGGUCAAGCUCAGGCUUCUGAUUAUGGUAAACAGUAACAUUGACUGUCCAAAAUAUAAAUGUGCUGUUGGUUUGGAUUUCAUAAAAAUAAUUGCUAGAACAGUCAAUUUUGAUAUUGUAAAAUACUUGUUUCCAUCAAAUUGAAGUGACAGAAGAGAGAUAUUUAGAUAUUAUUAUAAAAGCCAGUUUAUGCUUCAAACAUUCAUAC